UGCGUGGUCCACCAGAACCCCUCGACAUGGAGCAAACACCUGGUCUGGGUUGAGUAUGCCCAUAAUUCACUACCCACUUCAGCUACUGGUCUCUCUCCAUUUCACUGUGCUUUCGGUUAUUCACCACCUCUCUUUCCAGACAAUGAGAAGGAAGUCGCGGUACCCUCAGCUUAUGCCAUGAUCCAACGAUGUCGACGCAUCUGGGCAGCUGCCAGACAGGUUCUCAUAAGGCAGGGAGAUCGGGUGAAGAAGUAUGCAAAUCGGAGAAGACGCCCAGCUCCUGAUUACCAGCCCGGGCAAAAGGUUUGGUUAUCAGCUAAGGACCUCAAACUCAACGUGUCAUCUAAGAAACUGGCUCCCCGUUUUGUAGGUCCAUUCCCAGUCACCAGGAAAAUUGGACCUGCAGCAGUUCGUCUACGUCUGCCUCGGUCCCUACAUGUGCAUCCCACAUUCCAUGUCAGCCAGGUCAAGCUGGUAAAAGAAAGUAAGCUGGUAACUCUCCUCUCGUUUCAGGUCACUUGCCCUUCCUCCUGUGUCCCUGGUCUGACGUCAUCCCUGAUUCCUGAUUGUUUCCACCUGUGUUCCCCUUCCUCAUGUGUAUAAAGUCUCUGUCUUCCCCUGUCUGCGUCGCCUAAGUAUUUCGUCUUUCAUGUCGCGUACUAAAGCCUUGAACCACAGUCAAGAACCUCGUUGUGUUAAGUAUAUUUCUUGUUUUAUUAUUCUGCAUUUUACCUCUCGAGGAGAGUGAGUUUUCUUUGUAAUUUUUUCUGGUCAGGAAUUUUGAGUUUGUAGUUUGAAUUUUCAUAGUCUCUUCUUUAUCCUCGUUGUGAGUGAUUUUUUGUUGAUUUAAAUUUUGAUAGCACAGAGCAGAUACUUUUCAUAGCCUGUUGUUCCUCUUUGGAGAGAUUUAUUUUGUAGUUUUUCUAUAUCCCUGAAUUUUCUAGAAUAGAGUAGAUUCCUCCUUCGGGAGCGCUUUUUGUUCGUCUAUGUUUCUUGUUGUUUGUCCUGUUUGUCUUCUAAGAAUUUUCAUAGUUGUUUUGUUCUCAUUUAUCCUGGAGAAGAGUAAAAUCAGAUUAAUAAAAUUUGAUUGUACUUUCACCCAUUCUGCAUCUGAGUCCUAUUUUCUGCCCAAGUCUGUCAUCUUCCAGCUGAUGUGUGGCCAGGAUCCGCAACUGGAACAGUUCGACUGGCAUGUGCUGCCUGACCCAGAUGUGCAAAGCAAAGUCAAACAAAUCCAGCAGUGCAAGACUGCAGAGGACCUGACUGCACUCCAGCAAGACUUGGGGGACUGGAUUGCUGAGUGUGGCAUCCCAGGCAUAUUUAAUGCUACAGUGAAAGACAUGCCGAAAAUCUAUGCAUAUGUAGUGAAGCACUAUAUCUUUCUCAGAACUGCCAAGAUGAUACACCAGUUCACAGAUGGAAUGAAUGCAUAUGGGAAGCUGUGGGAUCUGGUCAUGGACAACUGGAUUGCCUUCCUGCCUUUGUUCACCAACAUGCAGGAACCUCUGUCAAAGGCAGCCUUCAAGGCCAUCUUCAGUUACAACUACAGCAGAAGAGGAUCCAACCACCAUGAGGCAGAGGAGGACACCAUCUUCAGCUGGGAGAUGGUUCUUAAUAUGAUUGAAGACAAAGUGACUGAACUGAGAUUUGAAGAUCUUCUGAUUUUUAUCACUGGAGCGGAUGAAGUCCCUGCCCUCGGCUUUCCCAGGAAGCCCUGCAUUGACUUCUAUGAACAGGAAGCAGGCCAGCGCCGUUUGCCCUACGCAUCUACCUGUGCAAUGUGCCUUUACCUACCAAGAGGUAUCACAGAGGAGGACAAACUGCACGAGAUGCUUUUGCAGGCCACAAGAGACUCAUUGGGAUUUGGAAAGGUUUAGUUCGCAACAUUAGGAAUGCA